ACUGAGACUGGUUUUCCUUCAUGGUUGGCUGAAUUGACUGGCCGUACUGAUUGGCCUGCACAGUGGGCUCUUGCACCUUUCGUCUCAGGAACUGGCAUUGAUCUUAGUGAUGUUCCCGAUAUUCCAAUUCGUUCACAAGGUACUUGCCCCUCUUCAGAUGCUUGUGCAUUCGAUUGUACCCAAUGUGCUGCCUCCGAUGAUGUCAGCUCAUGUAGUGGAUUUGCUCAGACUUUUGACGAUGGUCCAGCUUCUACCACUACCAACUUGAUUAAUAAUCUUAACACCAAGGCUACCUUCUUUACUUUAGGUCAAAAUAUCAUUUCAUACCCAGAUAUUUACAGAGCUACCUUAGCUAAAGGUCACUUAAUGGCUUCUCAUACUUGGUCUCAUCCAUUCUUACCAUCUUUAACUAACGAACAAAUUGCUGGUGAACUUCAAUGGUCCAUUUGGGCCAUGCAAGCUGCUGGUGGUCAUGUUCCAAAAUGGUUUAGACCCCCAUACGGUGGUAUUGAUAACAGAGUUAGAGCUAUUGUUAGAAAAUUCGGUAUGAGAUCUGUUUUAUGGAAUUAUGAUACCAAUGACUGGAAAUUAGCUGGUGGUGAUAUCACUCCUGAAGAAAUUUUCUCUCAAGCUACAUCUUGGAUUGCUCAAGGUCCAGGUGUAGUGUUGGAGCAUGACAUUGUUGCCCAAAAUGUUGAAGUUGGUAUUGAACUUGCUAGCAGUUACUUCACUGAUUUAGUAACUGUUAAUGAAUGUGUUGGUGAUAGUGAAUACCAAUAA